AUGUUCACGACCGCCGCACAACUGUUGGAUUUGACAGAUAAGAAACUUGUUCUGGUCCUCCGCGACGGCAGGAAAUUGAUCGGUGUAUUGCGAAGCUGGGACCAAUUCGCAAACCUUGUUCUUCAGGAUACGGUUGAGCGAAUCUACGCUGGAAACCUUUACGCCGAUGUCCCGCGUGGAAUCUUCCUCGUGCGUGGCGAGAACGUCCUCCUUCUGGGCGAAGUGGAUCUUGACCGCGAGGACGAUAUCCCCACUUCCGUCACGAAGGCGCCAUUUGAGGAGGUUUUCGAAUUGAAGAAGAAGGAAGACAGCAAGCGCAAGCUCGGAGAUAAGAAGCGACACGCUGAGCUCCAGGCACUUGGAUUUGAGCCUGAGCAUAGCGGCGAGAUUUUGUUCUAA